AUGAAGGAGACCGUGGUGCAUAAUGCGCCAAAAGUGAUCAAACAGCUGCAAUUCAGCACCUUCACCUCCCAAGACGUCGUCAAGCUCUCCGAGUUCCAAGUCACCCACCGCGACCUCUACACGCCCACCGACCGAUUGCCAGUCAAGAAUGGAGUGCUAGAUAGGCGACUUGGUACCUCGGACAAGAGCGCGUUCUGCGAGACGUGUGGGUUGGGAGCGGUGGAUUGCGUUGGGCAUUAUGCGUAUAUCAAGCUCGUGGUGCCUGUAUUCCAUAUUGGGUACUUUAAGCACUCGAUCGGGGUGUUGCAGGUUAUUUGUAAGACCUGUGCACGCGUGAUGCUCGACGAACCGACCCGGCGCACCUUCCUCAAGCGGUUCCGCCGGCCCGGACUGGAGAACGUGCACCGGAUGGCGCUCGUGAAGGCGGUCAACGCACAAGCGCGCAAGAGCGUCUAUUGCCCGCACUGCGCCGCGACGAACGGGACCGUCAAGAAGGCAGGCGCGCUGCGUAUAGUGCACGACCGGUACCGUGCGAAGAAGACGGCGGACGAGGCGGAGCGGUUUCGUGCGUCGUUCGAGCCGGCGCUUGCGGCGCAGCCUGAGCUGAGGCCGUAUGUGCAGCGCACGCCGUUGGAGGAGUUGAACCCAUUGAAGGUGUUGGAUCUGUUCAAGCGUAUGAGUGAUGAGGACUGCGAACUCGUAGGCCUACGACCGGAACACAACCGGCCCGAAGAGUACAUCUGGCAAUACCUCUCCGUCCCGCCCGUCUCCAUCCGCCCCUCCGUAAACCAAGACGGCGCAUCAAACGAAGACGACCUCACAGUCAAACUCACGGAAAUAGUCUUCACCAACGCGCUCAUCCGCCAAGGCCUAUCCAAAGGCGCACCAACGUCCCAAUUUAUGGAGCAGUGGGAGUUCUUGCAGUUGAGCGUGGCGAUGUACGUCAACUCGGAGAUGCCCGGUGUGCCGGCGCAGAUGGGGAUGAAGCCUAUCAGGGGGUUUUGUCAGAGGUUGAAGGGGAAGCAGGGGAGGUUUAGAGGGAAUCUGAGCGGGAAAAGGGUCGAUUUUUCGGGGAGGACGGUUAUUUCGCCCGAUCCCAAUUUGAGGAUUGACGAGGUCGCGGUGCCGGAACGGGUGGCGAAGAUCUUGACGUACCCCGAACGCGUUACGCCGUUCAACAUCGUCCGGCUGCAGCAGGCCGUGCGCAAUGGCACCGACGUGCAUCCUGGAGCGAACUAUGUGACGCAGGGCGCGAGCGGGUUCAAGAAGUACUUGAAGUUCGGCAACAGGAGUGUUAUUGCGGAUGGGUUGAGGUAUGGAGAUGUGGUGGAGAGGCAUGUGGUCGAUGGAGAUGUCGCGCUGUUCAAUCGGCAACCGAGUUUGCACAAGUUGAGUAUCAUGUGUCAUCGGGUCAAAGUCCGACCAUGGCGCUCGUUCAGGCUUAAUGAGUGCGUGUGCAAUCCGUACAACGCCGACUUUGACGGCGACGAGAUGAACCUGCACAUCCCGCAAACGGAAGAGGCGCGCACGGAAGCCCUACAGCUCAUGGACGUCAAAGCGAACAUCGUCACGCCGCGCAACGGCGAGCCCGUCAUCGCCGCCAUCCAGGACUUCAUCACCGCCGCCUUCCUUCUCACGCAGCGCGAUCGGUUCUUGGACAGACGACAGUUCACGCAGGUGUGCAGCUACUUCGCCGACGCCGGCGAACAGAUCGACCUCCCACCACCCACAAUCUGGAAGCCCCAAAUGCUCUGGACCGGCAAACAAGUCUUCAACGUCCUCAUGCGGCCCUCGCGCCGCUCGCCCGUGCUCGUCAACGUCGAAACGAAAUGCAACAAAGAGCAACAGCCCUCCCCCGGCGCCUACUCCCCUCUCAUGCCCGGCGGACCCGCGCGGGAUCUGAGCCCGAACGACGGGUACUUGGUCGUGGUGAACAGCGAGAUCAUGUGUGGGGUCAUGGAUAAGGCUACGGUUGGGGGCGGGAAGAAGAAGAGCGUGUUCGGGAUUAUUAUGAGGGAUUAUGGGAAUGAGGAGGCGGCGAGGGCUAUGAAUCGCACGGCGAAGUUGUGUGCGAGGUGGCUUGCGAACUUCGGCUUCUCACUCGGCAUCAAUGACGUCAUUCCCGGUCCCGUCCUCUCAUCCAAGAAGGACGUCCUCGUCGAAGAAGCCUACGCGAAGUGUCUCGACCUCAUUCAGCUCGCGAAAAAGGGCAAGCUCGAGAAUAAGCCUGGGUGUAACCAGGAGCAGACGCUUGAAGCCGAGAUCUCCGGGAUCUUGAGUAAGGUUCGAGAUAAUGUUGGAGAUAUUUGUAUGAAGGAGCUGUCGAGGUGUAAUGCGCCGUUGAUCAUGGCUACGUGUGGUUCGAAAGGUUCCGUGAUCAACGUCUCACAGAUGGUAGCCUGCGUCGGCCAACAGAUCAUCGCCGGCAAGCGCGUCCCCGACGGCUUCCAAGACCGUUCCCUCCCGCACUUCCCCAAAAAAUCACGCGAACCGCCCUCCAAAGGCUUCGUCCGCAACUCCUUCUACACCGGCCUCACACCCACCGAGUUCCUCUUCCACGCCAUCUCCGGCCGAGAGGGUCUAGUCGACACGGCAGUCAAGACGGCCGAGACGGGCUAUAUGCAGAGGAGGCUGAUGAAGGCGCUGGAGGAUCUUACGACGCAGUAUGAUCUGAGCGUUAGGAAUGCGACGGGCGGUGUGGUGCAGUUUAGGUUUGGAGAUGAUGGGUUGGAUCCGGCGUGUUUGGAGGGAGACGCGCAGCCGAUCGAGUUCGCGAGGGCGUGGACGCAUGCGAAGGCCACCGCACCGAGAGGCGGGCGCGGGUUACUCCCUUACGAGGUCCUCGAAGCGGCCGACCAGGCGCUCGCGGCGCCCCGGUUCGUCUUGGAGUGCUCCGCGGCGUACGUCCUGACGAUCAGGAACUUCAUCCGCGAGAACAUCGUGUAUGCGCUCGCGGAUGCGCGUGCGAGUCGCGGGAUGUGGGAGGCGCGAGAGCGGAACGAGCAGUUCGACGCCGACACGGACGCGCGCAUGAACGUCGACCCCGCCGCGCGCGCAAUCGUAUCCAACACCGCGAACGUCACGCUCUCCCAGCUCAACACCUUCCUCGACAUCGCCUGGUCGAAGUACGCCAAAGCCAAGAUCGAGCCCGGGUCCACAGUGGGGGCCGUGGGCGCGCAGAGCAUCGGCGAGCCGGGCACGCAGAUGACGCUCAAGACGUUCCAUUUCGCUGGGGUCGCGAGUAUGAAUGUUACGCUGGGCGUGCCGCGGAUCAAGGAGAUUAUUAAUGCGGCGAAGGUCAUUAAUACGCCGAUUAUUAGCUGUAAGCUUGUUACGGCUAAUUCGGAGGCGAGUGCGAGGAUUGUGAAGGGUAGGUUGGAGAAGACGCAUUUGGGCGAUAUUGCGAGCGUGCUGGAGGAGGCGUGGGGCGUGCAGGAGGCGCAUGUGGGCAUCAUUGUCGAUAUGCAGAGCGUUCAGAGGUUACAGCUCGAGCUCACGCUAGACGAUAUCAUGUGGGCGAUCAUCCGGCACAAGAAGCUCAAGGUCAAGUUCGAGGACAUCGUGCUCGUCCCGAAGCGCAACCGGCUGAAGAUCCUCAUCCGCACCGACGCAUACUACCGCAUCCGCGAGCUCAAGCGUCUCCUCCCCGAUGUCGUCGUCAAGGGCGUUCCCACGAUCCAACGCGCUGUCAUCAACGUCAUCGACAAGGACAACGAGCGCGGUCGCAAAGGCGACAAGGAGCUCCUCGUCGAGGGCUACGGACUCCAGAAGGUCAUGACGACCGAAGGCAUCGUCGGCGAACAAGCCACAUCCAACCACGUCAUCGAGACGGCGAAAGUACUCGGCAUCGAGGCGGCGCGCGUUACCAUCAUCAACGAGAUCCAGUAUACAAUGCAGUCGCACGGCAUGAGUAUCGAUCCGCGACACGUCAUGUUGCUGGGAGAUGUUAUGACCUACAAGGGCGAGGUAUUGGGCAUUACCAGGUUCGGCGUGGCGAAGAUGAAGGAUAGCGUGUUGAUGUUGGCCUCUUUCGAGAAGACGACGGAUCAUUUAUUCGACGCGGCGGCGUAUGGGAAGACGGAUGAGAUUGCGGGCGUGUCGGAGAGUAUUAUUAUGGGGAAUCCGGCGGCGAGAUGCGGUACUUCGAUGCCCGCGCUCAUCUCCCCCGCGCCUUCUCUCAGCAAACCUCGAAAACUGCUCUUCGAGGGAGCGUUAUAG